AUGUUGACGAAACCUGUGCGUAUACUAAGCGAACGCAUUAUGAGCCGCGGCUUUGAGCCUACAGUCGUGCGCCUGAUGGAAAAUGUGCAAAAGGUAGUGCGAGCGCAGCCUGGACUGAUUUCAUUGGAGUCACUGAGUGACGUAAACGACCACCACAAAUACGUGAUAUUGUCAGAGUGGAAAUCACUCAAAGAUUACAAGGCGUGGACAGCAAGUGAUGCUUACAAGGAAUGCACAGAACAAAUCAAUGAAGUACUGGAUGUGCCUGGCAAGAGGACAACCAUUUACAAGCAGCCAAAGGAUGACAUUUUUCUUUUGUAA